GGGCCCCUCCAGCCCAGGGUUAAUGCCAACGAGUUUCCACCUCCAGCGGCUCCUAGAGAGGCCGCGGCGCGAGCCGGCGGGGGGACCUGGCCGCGGACGGACACUUCCUGUGCGGGGGAGGGGGGCGCCGGGCGGCCGUUGGACAGUACAGCCCAGCCUGGGGCCGGGGGCCAGAAGGUGGGGGCUCGGGCGGGAGCGGGGGGCGGGGGCCGCCGGGGUAGUCGCGAAGCCCCUCAUCCCCGAGGCCGCGACUCGCGGGGGUCGGUGUGGGCCACGGGGAGGCCGAGACCUUGGGAGGGGGCGGGGCCGCGGGCAGGGGAGGGGCCCGGCGCGCUGGAGAGGCGCGGGGUCAAGACGUCCGGCCUCGGGGGCCCGGGCUGGGCCGCCGAGUACCCUGGGCGGCGCUGAGCGGGCGGGCGGCGGGGGCCCGCGGCUCAGGGCAACCCAGGCCGGGUCGCGGGAUCGGCCGCCAUCGCCGCCGCUGCUGCACUGGGAUCCCGCGGGGAUGGAGCGGGAGGCGUCGCCGUGGGGCCUCGAGCCCCAGGAUGUGCAGAGUUCUGACGAAAUGAGGAGCCCCGAAGGGUCCCUCAGAGGCAACAUGAGUGAGAAUGAGGAAGAGGAAAUUUCUCAGCAAGAAGGUUCUGGGGACUAUGAAGUUGAAGAGAUACCAUUUGGGCUUGAACCCCAGAGCCCUGGGUUUGAGCCACAAAGCCCAGAGUUUGAACCCCAAAGCCCCAGAUUUGAGCCUGAAAGCCCGGGGUUUGAGUCCCGAAGCCCUGGGCUUGUGCCCCCAAGCCCUGAGUUUGCAUCCAGAAGCCCUGAAUCAGAUUCUCAGAGCCCUGAGUUUGAAUCCCAUAGCCCUAGGUAUGAACCCCAAAGCCCUGGCUAUGAACCCCGGAGCCCUGGCUAUGAAUCUGAGAGCUCUAGAUAUGAAUCCCAGAACCCUGAGCUCAAAACCCAAAGCCCAGAAUUUGAAGCUCAAAGUUCCAAAUUCCAGGAAGGUGCGGAGAUGCUUCUGAACCCCGAAGAAAAGAGUCCCUUGAAUAUCUCCGUAGGAGUUCACCCCCUGGACUCCUUCACUCAGGGGUUUGGGGAGCAGCCCACAGGGGACCUUCCCAUAGGGCCACCUUUUGAGAUGCCCACAGGGGCCCUGCUGUCUACACCGCAGUUUGAGAUGCUUCAGAAUCCCUUGGGUCUCACAGGAGCCCUUCGAGGUCCAGGCCGGCGGGGUGGUCGGGCCAGGGGUGGGCAGGGCCCUCGGCCUAACAUCUGCGGCAUCUGCGGGAAGAGCUUCGGGCGGGGCUCCACCCUGAUCCAGCACCAGCGCAUCCACACCGGUGAGAAACCCUACAAAUGUGAGGUCUGCAGCAAGGCCUUCUCCCAGAGCUCUGACCUCAUCAAACACCAGCGCACCCACACUGGCGAGCGGCCCUACAAAUGUCCCCGUUGCGGCAAGGCCUUCGCCGACAGCUCUUACCUGCUUCGCCACCAGCGCACUCACUCUGGCCAGAAGCCCUACAAGUGCCCACAUUGUGGCAAGGCCUUCGGCGACAGCUCCUACCUCCUGCGACACCAGCGCACCCACAGCCACGAGCGGCCCUACAGCUGCACCGAGUGCGGCAAGUGCUAUAGCCAGAACUCGUCCCUGCGCAGCCAUCAGAGGGUGCACACCGGUCAGAGGCCCUUCAGCUGUGGCAUCUGCGGCAAGAGCUUCUCCCAGCGGUCGGCCCUUAUCCCCCAUGCCCGCAGCCACGCCCGGGAGAAGCCCUUCAAGUGCCCGGAGUGCGGCAAGCGCUUUGGCCAGAGCUCGGUGCUGGCCAUCCACGCCCGCACCCACCUGCCAGGCCGCACCUACAGCUGCCCCGACUGCGGCAAGACCUUCAAUCGCUCCUCCACUCUCAUCCAGCACCAGCGCUCCCACACGGGCGAGCGGCCCUACAGGUGCGCCGUGUGCGGCAAGGGCUUCUGCCGCUCUUCCACGCUUCUGCAGCAUCACCGGGUCCACAGCGGCGAGCGGCCUUACAAGUGCGAUGACUGCGGAAAGGCCUUCUCCCAGAGCUCCGACCUCAUCCGCCACCAGCGGACCCACGCGGCUGGCCGGCGCUGACCUGGGGCCCCAGCAGGGGUGGGAGGUGUGGGCAGAAGAUAAGAGGCCAGGGAGGUAGAGGAACCUUUAGGGAGGAUAGUGGAGAAGCCGCAGGAGAAUGGAGGAGCUGAGGAUGCUGGAAGAAGAGGACCAGGGUGGAGGAAGUGACAUGCCCUGGAGACUUGUGGGAAGUGGGUUGGAGGGAGGCCAGGCCGGCAGCCGGAGGCCCUGGGAGAAAUGGAGAGAGGUCAGCGGAAGGCUGGCCUCAGCCGCAGCUCCUCGGUGGGUGCCUGGCUUGGCAACUGCUAGAGCAGGGCGGGGGGAGGGCGGGGGAUUACCUAAUUAGAGUGGGUUAGCUUAGAUUGGUAGCUGCUGAAACCCUUGAGUCAGGAGCGGGUAAAAGGUAGGUGAGGUGGGGAGUGGGGCCCUGGGGUGGGGCCUGGGCCUCUGCGUGCAAACCCCAGCCUCCCUCUUCUUCCUCAGGCUUUGGAGCCCCUGAGUUUGAGUUCAAUAAAAACUUUAUGUGGUAAACGA